CCCACCCUAGGUAGCAAGAGGGACAAAAUGGAUUGGGUGAAUCUCUUAUUUCUUUUAGGAGUUUCUCUGGCAAAUCAUCACCAAGCCAAUGGACAGGAACCUCAAGACACAACUGCAAGUGUAGGUUCAGAUGUUGUCAUUAAUUGCCGAGAUCAAGGAUAUGUAUACAUAAUAUGGCUUGAACUUACAAGUGAUCCUGACAACCCAACCACAAUAUGGCACACGGGUGAUGAUCCUGAUCCAACUGGCAAAUACAUAGUCGAUCAAGGAGCCAAUAAAUAUGAUUUGACAAUCACAAAUGUGCAGUUGUCAGAUUCAGGAACGUAUGAAUGUCGUACACUAAUGACUGUGGAAAGUGAGAUGGAAGACCACAAGAUGGAACUUACUGUAGUAGACAAAGCCCAAUUGACUAGACCACCCAUACUUGUGUCAAGAUCCUGUAGGAAACUGGACAUUCGUUGGAUACCUUGGGAUGCCAACGUUGACAUUGGAGCUGGGACUGUGAAGGAAUAUGUUGUUUACAAAGAUGGAAGGCCCUGGGGCCCAGCAACCACAAAUACAUAUGACUCAUUGGAAUUUCUACCUUCGAAUACUAUAUCUAAUAUAAGCAUAGUGGUUGUCAGUGAAAAUGGCACAAUUGGCUUACCAUCUCCUGUUGUAUCCAUGGCUACUCGACCAUGUCUCCAAAACACAGAAGACGUAGACAUGGAUGGUGCAGUUGCUACUGAUUCAACAACAUACUAUGAGUUCAGUAUUCUUGGACAAAAACUGGAACUGCCUGGAUCACUUGCCAUAGAUUCAGAUCUUACAACAUGUUCACAGACAAACUUUGAAACAAUUCCAACAGUCACUAUUGAACUCCAGCAUGAGAGAGUUAUUCACAGUGUUGAACUUCAAAUUGGAGGAGUGAACAUCUAUGGUGUGGAAGCUGGUGGUUGUUCAGCCGAAACAGCAAGUGAUUUCACAAGGAAUGAUUUCUCAUUUAAUCAAUGUAAAGAGGAAUGUGACAACGUUGCUGAAUGUAAGGCAUUUGUUUAUGACCCAAUCUCUAAAACUUGUGAGGGAAAGGGAUCUGAUUGUUCUGGAUCAAAGACAAGCUCAAGCACAACACAUUUGUAUGUAUUACAUGAACCAAACAAUCCAACCUACCAAAUCAUGGAAGUCAAAGCAAUAUCACAGAAUGGCAUCCACCAGCAAUGUGGUCUCCUACAGUUUGAGCCUGACAGCUACCAUACAGUGAAAUGUAAAGACCCAGUUCUUGCAAAACAUAUACAAGUGUCUGCAGCCUUCAGGGCAUCUGGCCAGCUAUUGUCACUUUGUGAUGUCCAAGCAAAUGAAUGCAGUGAUGGCAAGUUUGGGACAAAUUGUGACAAUGUUUGCCAUUGCUCUGGGAAUGCUGUAUGCAAUAAGUUGUCGGGGGCAUGUCCGUUUGGAUGUAAAGAUGAGUAUACUGGAGAUUCAUGUGGUAUUGAGAAACCCAUACUCAAAAACCCACCAUUCUUGCUUGAAAGGGGUUGUGAUUACAUAAAGGUAGGCUGGAAACAUUGGCAAGAAGCAGUUGACAGAGGAGAUGGACCUGUAUAUUCCUACCAUAUAAGAAUUAAUAAUGACAUAACUACAAUAUCCCCAACAAACAAUGACCACUAUACACUCUUCUCAUUGACAAAGGACACUGUAUACUCUAUUGCAAUUAUUCCUGUCCACACAGAAGGCUAUCUUGGUACACCAUCUCCAGCCCUUGAGGUGAAGACACUACCAUGUAAUGAUGAUCACCAGAAUAUUGAUCUGUCUAAUGUUAUGUCUUCUCAGUCAAGUACAUAUUAUGAGUUUGAUAAUGAUGACAACACUGUACAGUAUGAUGCAUCAAGAGCUGUAGACAGUGAUGUUGCUACAUGUUCACAGACAAAUGAAGAAGACAAACCCUCACUGACUAUAGAGUUCCCACAAGAAAGAGUAAUAACAGGCGUAGAAAUACAGGUCACAGCACUGCCAUAUCAAGAUGUUGGAUGCUGGAAUGAAGAUGUAGAUAUUAGUGAUGGCAGUGUAGUAGAGACACUGGAAAGUUCAGAACCAUACUUGUUUGAUAACUUCAGAGAAAGGUUGUUUCCUGUUACAAAAUGCAUGAUGGCAGCAAAUAAACGGCAUUUCAACAUGUUUGGUAUCCAAGGAGGCGGUUAUUGUAUGGGUGAUGAAGAAGCUGAGUGGAAAUACACCAGAAAUGGACCAGCAAUAAACUGUCCACAAAAUGGCAAGGGAGGAACAAAAAUGAUUCAGUUUUAUAGACUUGAAACAGGUGGUGUCCAUAGAUACAGUUCAAAGAAAGGCACAUGCAACCUGUCCGACCAAAAUGACUUUGAAAUAGUUAAUGCUACAUUUAAUGAAUGUAAAGAAGAAUGUGAUACAAGUGGAUUUUGUGGUGCAUUUCUCUACAAACCUAGUACAACUGGUAUAAACUGUGUUGGUAAAGCGAGUGAUUGCAGUGGUAGCCAGUUAGAUUCCCAAGAUGAACACUUGUAUUAUCUCAGAAGUCCAGAAUAUCCAAGAUACAAAACUAUUGUGGUGAAUGCAACAUCAUCAUCAGGGGAAGUCCAACAAUGUGGAUCAAAACAAUUUGAGUCUGGGGAUAUACAUGUCAUUGAUUGUCCUGAACCAGUACGAGCUAAAUCGCUGACAUUACAUGCGGAACACUUUGCUCAAGAACAGAUGUUAUCUGUAUGUGAUAUACAAGUAUUUGAGUGCAAGGAUGGUUUCUAUGGUGAAAAUUGUGACCAAACAUGUGUUUGCUCCAAUAAUGAGGUUUGUGAUAAGAAGACUGGUGAAUGUCCAAGUGACUGUAAGGAAGGGGAGUGUGUUUAUGAAUGUCACUGUUUGGAUGGGGCAGCAUGUAAUACAACAUCUGGUGCCUGUCCUGGAGAGUGUGCAAAUGACUUCAGUGGCCCAACUUGCCAAAUCAAAAAGCCACAAUUAACCAGGCCACCCAUACUUGUGUCGAGAGCCUGUAAUAGGCUGGAUAUUCGCUGGGAAGAAUGGGAUGCUAACAUUGACAUCGGAGAUGGUCCAGUUGAUAAAUAUUUCCUCUAUAAAGAUGGAAAUAAUUGGGGUCCACCGCUUAAAGAUACAUUUGCAACAAUGAAUUAUUUAGCUUGGAACUCUACAUCAAAUAUCACAAUAGUGCCUAUACAAGUAGAUGGCACAAUUGGUUUGCCCUCACCAGUUGCAUUUAUGGCAACUCGACCAUGUGCACAGAAUACGAGAGACGUAGACAUGAAUGGUGCAGUUGCUACUGAUUCAACAAAAUACUAUGAAUUCAGUAGUCUUGGCCUAAAAGUAGAACUACCUGGAUCACUUUCGAUAGAUUCAGAUCUUAGAACAUGUUCACAGACAAACUUUGAAACAAUUCCAACAGUCACCAUUGAACUCCAGCAUGAGAGGGCCAUCCAUAGUGUUGAACUUCAAAUUGGAGGUGUAAAUAUCUAUAGCGCUGAGUCUGGCGGGUGUUCUGCCCAAACUGCAAAUGACUUUGCAAGGGAUGACUAUUCAUUUACUGAAUGCAAAAAUGAAUGUGACAGCAUUAAAGAAUGUAAAGCAUUUGUUUAUGGGCCUAUGGCGAAAACCUGUGAAGGGAAAGGAAAUGACUGUUCAGGAGCCAAAACACCUUCCAGCACAACACAUUUAUACGUGUUACAUGAACCAAACAAUCCAACCUAUCAGAUAUUGGAAGUCAAAGCAAUAUCACAGAAUGGCAUCCACCAGCAAUGUGGUCUCCUACAGUUUGAGCCUGACAGCUAUCAUACAGUAAAAUGUAAAGACCCAGUGCUCGCAAAACAGAUUCUAGUGUCUGCAGCCUUCAGAGCAUCUGGUCAACUGUUGUCCCUUUGUGAUGUUCAAGCAAAUGAAUGCAUUGAUGGAAGGUUUGGAACAGAUUGUGAUAAAGUCUGUCAGUGUGCAGGGAAUGUUGUGUGCCAUAAAAUAUCAGGAGCAUGCCCGUUUGGAUGUAAAGAUGGAUAUACUGGGGAGUCCUGUCAAAUAGAAAAACCUGUGUUAAAAAAGCCACCAUUCAUACUCGAAAGAGGUUGCGAUUAUAUUAAGGUUGGCUGGAACCACUGGCAAGAGUCUGUGGACAUAGGGGAUGGACCAGUGUAUGCUUACCAUGUCAAAGUGAAUACAUUAAUAAGGACAAAUCAGCCAACACAAAAUGACCACUUUACAAUAGAUGCAUUGGAAAAGGACACCACCUAUAUUGUGAAAAUCAUUCCAAUCCAUACACUAGACUAUGAGGGCGAUGAAUCUCCUGAGCUUCAAGUGAAAACAUUGCCGUGUAAUGAUGACCACCAGAAUGUUGAUCUUUCUAAUGUUGUGUCAACUCAGUCAAGUACAUAUUAUGAAUUUGACGAUGAUAACAACAGAGUUCAGUAUGAUGCAUUAAGAGCUGUAGACAGUGAUGUUGCCACAUGUUCUCAGACAAAUGAAGAAGACACACCAUUCUUAACCAUUGAACUUCCUGAAGAGAGGGUUAUUACGGGAGUUGAAGUUCAUGUUGCUGAGCUGCCCUACCAAGAUGUGGGUUGUUGGAAAGAAGAUGAAGAUAUAAGUGAUGGUGGUGUAGUCUCAUCUUUGGAAAGAUCAGAGCUUUACUUGUUUGGUGAUUUCAGAGAAAGAGAUUUCCCUGUGACAAAAUGCAUGAUGGCAGCUUAUAGGAGGCAUUUCAACAUGUUUGGUAUCCAAGGUGAUGGUUAUUGUAUGGGUGAUGAUCAAGCUGAAUGGAAAUAUACCAGAAAUGGUCCUGCGCCUGGCUGUCCAAAGACUGGUAAAGGAGGCACAAAAAUGAUACAGUUCUACAAAAUUGAAACUGGUGGUGUUCACAGGUAUAGCUCAAAGGAAGGUUCUUGUGACCUAGUCUCAAACAAUGAUUUCGAAUUAGAAAAUGCUACAUUCAAUGAAUGUAAAGAAGAGUGUGACACAAAUGGAUUUUGUGGUGCAUUCAUAUAUCAGCCUGGCAAAACAGGUGUAAACUGCAUUACCAAAGCAAGUGAUUGCAGUAGUAGUCAGGCAGCAGGUCAGAAUGAGCAUCUAUAUUACCUAAGAAGUCCAGAAUAUCCAAGAUACAAAACUAUCAUAGUGAAUGCAACAUCAUCAUCAGGGGAAGUACAACAAUGUGGAUCAAAACAAUUUGAGUCUGGAGAUAUUCAUAUCAUAAAUUGCCCUGAACCUGUGAGAGCAAAAUCACUGACAUUUCAUGCAGGACAUUUUGCAGAACUACAGAUGUUGUCUGUGUGUGACAUACAAGUAUUUGAAUGUAAAGAUGGGUUCUAUGGUGAAUCAUGUGAUAGACCCUGUGAAUGUGCCAACAGUGACACAUGUGAUAAACAGACAGGAUUAUGCCCAAGUGGUCAUCAGUGUCACUGCUUGAAUGGAGCACAGUGUGACAUAACAACAGGAGCCUGUCCUGGAGGAGAAUGUGCAUAUGAGUACACAGGGCCAACUUGCCAAAUCAGAAAACCACAAUUAACUAGGCCUCCUGUUCUUGUAUCAAGAGGCUGUACAACUAUGCAAGUUCGCUGGGACACCUGGGAUCCUAACAUUGAUAAUGGUGAUGGGCCAGUUACAGAAUAUGCAGUUGUCAAGAAUGAUAUUUACUGGAGUGGCAAAACUAUAUUCUCCUACUUUAAUCUGGCAUAUCUACUAAUAGAUACAUCUAUCAAUAUAACUGUAGUUGCAAUACAUAAAGAUGGGCACAAUGGACUCCCAUCUCCUGCAGUUGUUAUGACAACAAGACCAUGUGUGAAGAAUACCCAAGAUAUCAACAAAGAUGGAGCAGUCGCCACAGAUUCUAGUGUCUACUAUGAAUUUAGUACCCUUGGCCAGAGGGUGGAGUUGCCAGGAUCACUUGCCAUUGAUACUGACCUAAGGACCUGUUCUCAAACAAACUUUGAACCUAUUCCGAAAGUAGUCAUAGAUCUCCCAUUUGAACAAGUUCUUCACAGUGUAGAACUUCAAAUUGGAGGUGUUCAGAUCUAUGGGGCAGAACAAGGUGGUUGUUCUGCACAGACAGGGAACGACUUCAGUCGAAGCAGCUUCACGUUUGAUGAAUGCAAAAAUGAGUGUGAUGAGGUAGAUGCAUGUAAAUCAUUUGUAUAUGCUCCAAAUACAAAGCAAUGUGAAGGAAAGGGAACUGAUUGCACCGAGUUCAAGACUGAAUCUGACACAACACAUCUAUAUAUACUUCAUGAACCAAACAAUCCUACCUACCAAAUAAUGGAAGUAUUGGCAAUAUCAGAGAGUGGAAUUCGACAACAAUGUGGAUUGUUGCAGUUUGAGCCAAAUAGCUACCAUACAGUUAAAUGCAAAGCUCCUGUUUUAACAAGGCAAUUGGAAGUUUCUGCAGCUUUCAGAGCAUCUGGACAGCUUUUGUCUUUAUGUGAUGUACAAGCUAAUGAGUGUGUUGAUAAAAUGUUUGGAACUGACUGUGAUCAAGUAUGCCAUUGUCUUGAUGAUGAUGUCUGUAAUAAGAUGUCUGGGGCUUGUCCAAAUGGAUGCCAUGAAGACUUCACAGGAGGAGAAGCUUGUCAAAUAGAGAAGCCUAUAUUAAAGAACCCACCAUACCUUGUUGAAAGAGGUUGUGAUUACCUCAAAAUACAAUGGGAACAUUGGCAUGAAACUGUGGAUAGAGGGGAUGGGCCUGUAUAUGCUUACAGACUUGUCGUAAAUGGAAUUAGCUAUAGAACAUUAAAUAACCACCGUACAAUUGGAGGCUUGCAAAAAGAUACAGAGUAUAAAAUCACGGUUAUUCCAAUUCAUGAAGAUAAUUUUGAAGGCAAAGCAUCACCAGAAGCCCAAUUGAAGACAUCGCCUUGCAAUGACCAACACCAAGCCAUUGACCUAACUGGUAUAAUUACAUCACUAUCCUCAACCUACUAUGAAUUUGAUGAUGACAAUAAUGAUGUGAAAUAUGAUUCAUCAAGAGCAAUAGAUGAUGAUCUAAAAACAUGUUUCCAAACUAACGAAGAGGAAGCACCAUUCAUGCUUGUGGAGUUUCCUGAGGAGAGAAUAAUAACAGGAGUUGAGAUCCAUGUAGCAGAUCUUCCUUACCAAGAUGUUGGCUGCUGGAAUGAGGAUGUAGAUAUCAGUGACGGUGGUGUGGUUGAAACACUGGAAAGAUCAGAACCAUAUUUGUCGGAUUCAUUCAGAUCCAGGUUGUUCCCUGUUUUAAAAUGCAUGAUGGCUGCUAAUAAGAGACAUUAUAACAUGUUUGGUAUCCAAGGAGGAGGGUAUUGUAUGAGUGAUUCUUUAGCUGAGUGGAAGUAUACUAGAAAUGGCCCUGCUGUUAACUGCCCACAAACUGGCACUGGUGGAUCUAAGAUGAUUCAAUUUUAUAGACUUGAAACAGGGGGUGUUCAUAGAUACAGUUCAGUGCUAGGAACAUGUGAUCUCACUGAUGAAGAUGACUUUCAACUAGAGAACUCAACUUUUGCUGAAUGUAAAAAUGCAUGUGAUGAAAGUGGAUUCUGUGGUGCAUUUAUAUAUAAACCAGAUGCAAUAGGUGUAAACUGCAUGGGUAAAGCGAGUGAUUGCAGUGAAAGCAUUCUCCCAAAAGAAAAUGAGCAUCUCUACUAUUUAAGAAGUCCAGAAUAUCCAAGAUAUAAAUCUAUAGCUGUAAAUGGAACAUCAUCAUCAGGAGAAAUUCAGCAGUGUGGGAUUAAACAUUUUGAAUCUGGUGAUAUACAUGUCAUCGAGUGUGCUGAACCAAUAAUAGCCAAAAGUCUUAAACUACAAGUAGUACCAGCUUUACAACAGAGUGACAAACAAAUGAUGUCAUUGUGUGAUUUACAAAUAUUUGAAUGUAAGGAUGGCUUCUUUGGAGAAGGAUGUGACCAAAUCUGUAUGUGUGCUGGAGAUGAUGUGUGUGAUAAGAAAACAGGUGACUGUCCUGGUGGAUGUGAGUCGGGUUUUGGUGGAGAAACCUGCAGUAUAGAGCUUCCACGACUGAGGGGUCCACCGGUUCUGCUUGAAAGAGGAUGCGACUAUCUUAAAAUACAGUGGCAUAUAUGGUCAAACACAACAGAUGUUGGUGUUGGCCAUGUGUCCAGAUACAUGGUCUUUGUAAACAAUGAGCUUGUCUACUCAACAAGUGGGAAUACACACACUAUUGGUGAUCUUGAUGGCAACACAGUGUAUAAUGUCAUGAUCGUGUGUGUACAUGAGAGUGGUGCUAGAGGAGGUCUUGGUGAUGUGGCUUAUAUGAGAACAGCUAGAUGUGAUGACAACCAUGUUGAAAUAGACCUGUCGAAUUCUCUUACAUCCCAAUCCUCAACCUACUAUAAGUUUGAUGAAAACAACAACAAGAUUGAGCUGGAUGGCAGUUAUGCUAUUGACUCAGAUAUAAACAGCUUCUCCCAAACCAAUGAAGAAGACCAGCCUAGCUUAACAAUUGAAUUCCCUGAGGAAAAAUUAGUUACAAGCAUAGAGCUACAUGUUGGAGAACUACCCUACCAGGACUUGGGUUGCUGGAAAGAAAAUGAUAAUGUACAUGCGGGGAAAGUAGUUGAUACACUUGAAGGGGAAGAAGAUUAUCUAAGUGACCUGUACAGAUUUAGACCAAUAUCAGUUACAAAAUGCAUGAUGGCAGCACGUAAAAGAGACUUCACAGUAUUUGGUGUACAAGAGGCUGGCUAUUGUCAAUCUGAUGCUGAUGCAGAAGAGAAGUAUCAGAAGAAUGGACCAGUUGUUGAAGAGUGUCCAACAGAUGGAAAGGGGGGAAAGAGAAUUAUACAAUUCUAUAGAAUUACUCAUGGCUCGUUUCGAUAUAGUUCCAAGCCAGGGAGAUGUGAUCUAAACUACACAAAAGAUUUUGAGCUUAAAGAUGUUAGUUUUGAUCAGUGUAAAGAUGCAUGUGAUGAGGAUGCCUGGUGUGCUGCUUUUAUAUAUAAACCAAAAGUAUCUGGAGUUAACUGUAUUGGAAAGGCCAGUGAUUGUGUUAAUAUGGUAUCACCACACAUGGCUGUUGAAGAUGAACAUCUUUACACGUUGAGAAGCCCAGAGCAUCCAAGAUAUAAGACACUUGCAGUGACUGGAAUAUUAGCCAAUGGCACUGAGCAAUCAUGUGGAACAAAACAAUUUGAGUCUCUUGACAUCCAUGUCAUUCAAUGUGAGACACCUAUCUUGGCAAAAAGUCUAAAGAUACAAGAAGAUCAUUAUGGAUCCCUUCAGAUUCUUUCCAUCCAUGACCUGAAGGUCUUUGAAUGCAAAACUGGUACAUCAGGUCCCAAUUGUGCUGCCUGCCGUUGUGCAAAUGGAGAAGUAUGUGACAAGGCAACUGGAAAAUGUCCAGGAGAAUGUGAGGAGAACUAUGCUGGAGAUUACUGUGAAAUAGAGAGGCCCCAAUUGAAGAAAGCACCAAGAAUUAACAGAAGAGGGUGUUCCUACCUAAGAAUAAACUGGGAUGCCUGGAACAGUGAAACUGAUCUUGGUGAUGGCUUGGUCACAUUGUACUAUGUUUACCUCAAUGGGGAAAAGGCUAGAGGGGCCACUGGUCAGUUGUAUUGGACAGUUGGAGGUCUGGAUAGUAAUAAAGUGUAUAAUGUGACGGUUGUUCCAAUACAUGAAAGUGGAAUUGUUGGACGACACUCGCCUGCUGCUCAACUAAAAACUCAAAGAUGUGAUGAAAAUCAUGUUCCACUUGAUAUCAGGCAAGCCACAACCACCCAGUCAACUACAUAUUAUGAAUUUGUUAAUAAUGACAUAAAAUAUGAAUUCAAUGGAGCCCUAGCUGUUGAUAUAGAUAUAGAAACAUGUGCACAGACCAAUGAGGAAGAUACACCAUGGAUUGAGUUCAACCUUCCAGAGGAGAGACUUAUCACUGGUGUAGAGAUACAUGUUGGAGCACUUCCUUAUGAGAAUCUUGGUUGCUGGUAUGAAGAUGAAAUCUUACAUGAUGGUAGAGUUGUUGAGAGUCUAGAGGGUGCAGAAGAUUAUAUAUCAGACUUGUACAGAUACAGACCAUAUCCGGCAAAGAAGUGUAAUUGGAGAAACAUGUUAUGAUUGUGAUGUCACUGCUGCUACCAGAGCUGGGUAUGGGGAGACAGCCUCUAGACAGUUCUGCACAGCUGCUAUACCUCCUCCUUUUGAUGAACUGAAAGAAGUUGUGCAAAGUGCCCAGCGAUUUCAGAAAACAAUAAGGUUCUCAUUUAAUACAAAUAAAAUGGACAUAAAGACAAGAUAUAAAAUCUUAAUAGAAGACAAAUCGACAAAAAGGAGGAGGCGUCAAACCCUUAAAGAAUUUGAAGAUCUCGAUUAUUACUCUGCAAAGGCCAAUAACCUUUUGUAUUAUGUGGCGGCUGAAGUGAAUAGCACAGUAGAAGAAUUGACAAUAGGUGACAACAAAACACAUGGUGGUUAUUAUAAUCCACCAUUGGAUGAGACAAAGCAAUAUGCAGCAUAUCUCCAAGGCAGUACAGCUUAUGAUGGGGAUGAAAGUUCAACACUUACUGAGAUAAACGUUGAAAGUGACAGCCCAACUGGUGAACCUACUGCUCCAUCUUUAGCAAACAACCCUCUACUUAUAGCUGCUAUAGUGAUUGGUUGUGUUGUGGCGCUGUUACUCAUUAUUGGGGCAGUAUGUCUGAUUAAAUAUUCAAAGAACAGAAAAAACAUGAAGGGAGGUUAUGAGGUCACAAUGGAUGGUAAAAUACUAGAGAACUCUGAACUCUGAACUGAACUCUGUAAAACAACUGGAUUGGAUCAUAUGAUAAAUCAAGUGAUAACAUAAGUAUGAUCCAACAUGACAGUUAGCCAUAUAAUGAGAAAUGGAUUAUAAAAACAUAAUAUAUUAAAAGUAAAGCUAACCCUUCAAGUCAUGCAGGACAAGAGAUUAAUGUUGUUGAUUCACUAAAAAGAGUAAUCAAUGUAAAUUUAAUUGUAUCAGUACCCAAGGAAUACUCAAGAUAAAGUAUUUACUAAGGUUGAUGUGACUCCAAAAAUGGUUAAUGAUAGCACUGUUUAGUACUUCUUGAUACAUAAAGUAUCAUUUCUUGAGACAUUUAUAUUCAUCCAAAAUUAACCAUAUCAUGCAUAAUCAGAUCACAGAAUGAUUUGAGCAAUCCAUAAGGGCACUGAAAUUCUCUUUUUUAAUUAUCUAUAUCCCUGUUUAGUAGAUAAUAGGCUUGUUUUAAAAUAAUUGGACCUAUUUUUGCUUUAUUGAUUUUCCUUACAAUACCAGCAAUAUUUUCAGAAUACAUUAAAAAGGCACUAUGUGCAUUUAUUUGAAAACCAAAUGUGAUAUCUGAUAGAAUACAUUUCUAUGUGAACUGUA